AUGGCUUCCAACCCACCAGGAAAAUGCUGCUUCGAAGGUUUCUAUCAUGAAGGCACUGCUAAGGGUAAGCAUGAAGAGAUUUUUGGUUUAGAUACCUACGUUACUGGUACUACCUCUCCAUCUGACAGGGUCAUUGUCAUCUUGACUGACGUCUAUGGUAAUAAAAUUAACAACGCACUCUUGAUCGCCGAUCAGUUGGCUCGUCCUGGUUAUAAAGUCUACAUUCCUGAUAUUUUAUUCGGUGAUGUUGUCGUCAAAUUGGAUGGUUCUACCGAUUUUAACGCAUGGAGGGAAAGACAUAGUCCUGAAAAGACUAGAAAGGUUGUCGAUGAAUUUAUGUCUUCCUUAAAAAAGGAAUACAAUCCAAAAUUCAUCGGUGUCAUCGGUUACUGUUUUGGUGCUAAAUUUGCAGUCCAACAAAUUAAUACAGACGGUGGUUUCGCCGACGUCGCUGCCAUUGCACAUCCAUCAUUUGUAAGCAUGGAAGAAGUUGCUGCCAUUGAGAAGCCACUUUUAAUCGCUGCCGCUGAAAAUGAUUCUAUUUUCCCAGAAGAAAAUAGGCACGCUACCGAAGCUAAAUUGAAAGAAAUUGGUGCUAGAUACCAGUUAGAUCUUUUCGGUGGUGUUCAACAUGGCUUCGCUGCUAGAGGUGAUGUCUCAGACCCAGUCGUCAAGUAUGCAAAGGAAAAGGCCCUUUCUGACCAAAUUUACUGGUUCGAUCAUUUCUCUAAAUAA